GUUUCUGAGCCAUUUGAAAGGAUUAUGUGUAUUUGAUCGUAGAGGAUAUGGCGCAUUUGAACAGGACUAUUUUGUCUGCUGCAUUUUUACUGGAUUGCUAGCCAGCUAACUAGCUUUAGCUAAUUGCAUUGCAGAGCCUAUUUCUACCUAACGUUUGUCGUGUUGCUUAUCGAAACACACAUCCCGCAAGAGAUUGUGGAUUUAGAUUGCAUGCCAGAGUCUUAACUAGCUACGGCAGCUAAGCAAGCCACUCCUGAUUGUUUCAUGGUUUGCCACAACGUUUGCAGUCGUAUCGAUUUGGCAAUACUCGCUUCGCCACGUCUUAUCAAUUUGUGUAUUUUAAUUUUCUCGUGGGAAACGCUAGCCUUUACCUAGUUAACGUUACCCAACAACUUGGUUGCUAAAUGUCGGAGAAGAGUUCGAACUCGUCGGGCUCCGAUGAAGAUGUUGAUCCCGAAUCUGGGCAUCUUGUUGAACUUGGUGGCGUCCUAAGCAAGUGGACAAACUACAUUCAUGGAUGGCAGAACCGGUGGGUAGUGUUGAAGAACAACACUCUGAGCUACUAUAAGUCAGAGGAUGAACGGGAGUACGGCUGCAGAGGCUCUCUGUGUCUCAGCAAGGCUUUCAUCACACCCCAUGAGUUUGAUGAGUGUCGUAUUGACAUCAGUGUGAACGACAGUGUGUGGUACCUACGGGCAGAGGACCCGGAGCACCGGCUCCAAUGGAUUGACUCCAUCGAACUACACAAGGCGGAGUCGGGGUAUGGUUCAGAGUCAAGUCUGAGGCGUCAUGGCUCCAUGCUGUCUCUCACGUCCGCUGCCAGUGGCAUCUCCGCCACCUCCACCUCCUCCUUCAAGGGCCACAGCCUGCGGGAGAAGCUGGCGGAGAUGGAGACAUUCAGAGACAUCCUGUGCAGACAGGUGGACACGCUACAGAAGUACUUUGACGGCUGCGCAGACGGCGUCUCCAAGGACGAGUUCCAGAGGGACAGAGUAGUGGAGGAGGAUGAAGAUGACUUUCCCACAAGCACGCGUCCCAAUGGUGACUGCCUUCACAACAACAACGGCAGCAAAGAGAAGCUGUUUCUCCCUGCCAGUCCUAAGGGCAUUAAUGGGAUUGAUUUUAAGGGUGAGGCCAUCACGUUUAAGGCCACUACAGCUGGGAUCCUGUCCACCCUGUCCCACUGCAUCGAGCUUAUGGUGAAGAGGGAGGACAGCUGGCAGAAGAGGCUGGACAAGGAGCUGGAGAAGAGGAGGAGGGUGGAGGAUGCCUACAAGUCGGCCUUGAGUGAACUGAAGAAGAAAUCUCACUACGGUGGCCCUGACUACGAGGAGGGUCCUAACAGCCUCAUCAAUGAGGAUGAGUUCUUUGAUGCAGUGGAAGCUGCCCUGGACAGACAGGACAAGAUGGAGGAACAGUGUCAGUCAGAGAAGGUGAGGAUACCCAGACUGACCCCUGUCCCCCCUGGAGACUCAUACUCCAUCAUCGGAACACACCGCUUCGCCAAACAGCCCCAUAGCUACUCUUCCUCCCUGUCCUCCGUUGAAUUAGUCAGUGCCUCAGAUGAUGUUCACAGAUUCAGCGCACAGGUGGAGGACAUGGUUCAGAAUCACAUGACCUACUCCCUGCAGGACAUGGGCGGAGACGCCAACUGGCAGCUGGUGGUGGAGGAGGGCGAGAUGAAGGUGUACAGGAGAGAGGUGGAGGAGAAUGGCAUCGUCCUGGACCCUCUGAAAGCCACCCAUGCAGUGAAGGGUGUGACCGGACAUGAGUUGUGCCACUACUUCUGGGACACGGACGUACGUAACGACUGGGAGACCACCAUUGAAAACUUUAACGUGGUGGAGACACUCUCAGACAAUGCUGUUAUAGUCUACCAGACCCACAAGAGAGUAUGGCCCGCCUCUCAGAGGGACGUCCUCUACCUAUCAGCUAUCAGGAAAAUUCUGGCGACCAAUGAGAAUGACCCAGACACGUGGCUGGUCUGCAACUUCUCUGUAGAUCACGACAACGCACAGCCCACCAACCGGUGUGUCCGUGCCAAAAUCAACGUGGCCAUGAUCUGCCAGACCCUGGUGAGCCCUCCAGAGGGCAACAAAGAGAUCAGCAGGGACAACGUCCUCUGUAAGAUCACCUAUGUGGCCAAUGUGAACCCUGGAGGCUGGGCCCCUGCCUCAGUCCUCAGAGCCGUGGCCAAGAGGGAAUACCCCAAGUUCCUCAAACGCUUCACCGGCUACGUCCAGGAGAAGACCAGCGGAAAACCCAUCCUCUUCUAAACCUCACAGGUGUUGGAAGGCGAAACACCUUUUUGUCCUGAAGAGAGAUGGCUACAUUUCCCAUCAUUCAAGGGGCUCCCACAGACAACAUUACCCAUUUAUCUGUCAACCGGAAUGUCUUCACAAACCAUCCAGAAUGUCCCAGAUGAAAUAAUCGUAUCAGACUGGUUUAGGGCUUUAAUCCAUCAGUAGUUGCUAGCCACCUGAGCCACAAAAACGGCCAAACAUUGUUAAACUGUCCAUGGAUGUGUGUUUGUAUAUCAAUUCAACUAUUUCUGAAUCGACAGAACCAAUCUUUAUCUUUUUGUAAAUUGUUUUGUAAAUAAUGUCUAAUUAUUACAUUAUUUUUUACUAUACUUUUUCGUUCGCUUUAAUCACUGAUUAUCACAGCGUCUUUUCAUGCUGCUAAUUUUGCUACAAAAAAGGAAAGGAAAGAACAGAGUAGAGAGAGCAGUGUGUUGAGCGGAGUAGCCUUCUUCUUGUCCUCUCCCUCUAGUGACGACCUGUCCUGUGGUCUGAUGGGGGGAGGGAGUCCAAAGCUUUGUACACUCUUUUUGGUUAAAACCUCUAUAUUUGUAGAUCAUUAUAGCUGUAAAGGAGUACUAUGGAUAUGAUGUAUGAUACAGAGACAGCGUUUGUUUACCGGUGUAUGUGAAUUGACUGUUAAGGGCUUGAUAGAGAAAAAGUUUUGGCAAACUGGAAUUGGAAGAACUACAAAACAUGUCUCUUUUUCGUAGGUGAUCUUUAUGAUGACAGUGAUGAAUUGACAGUAUGGAUGGAUAAGAUUGAAGUAAUUUGUUGAAUGUGACACAAAAACACUAAGGAAUCAAGUGUUGGUCUCUACUGUUGAGUAUGCCCCACCUCACCAUGUUAUGUCCAAGUAACAUACAGCUAUAUGGCUGAUAUACGUUGUACCACAGCAUUGGGUGUUCAGAUGGACCUCUUCAUUGGCUUCAAAGGCUUUUAGGACAGAGGAGAUGAGGUUGUUGGGAUGGCUAUUUCUUUCACAUCCCAUUUCUACAUGAUAUUUCACAUCCCAACACACUGACCUUUCAUCUCCCUCCCUUUGACUGUUAACUUGACAUAGUGCUUUAGACACCAGGACAAAUCCACAGAGCCCUAGGAACCAUCUAGCUACUACAGUAUCAUACGACCAGAUGUGCAUUUAGAUUGAGACAUUAAACUGGAGCUGGGAGUCAGCAUUUCACAUGAUUUCAUACCUCAAUUUUUUAUUUUGAUUGUUUAUUUUAUAGUUGUGAUUUUGCAAUCAGAAAGUCUAAGGCUGAGGUCAGAAUCCUCCAAUCAGCAUCUCAGCCUGAGGGGUCGUAGGUCAGAGAAUCCAUGGGGAAACCGCAUUGCCAUGACGAUCAGAGGAGCGACUUCUAAUGAGAGGAACAUCAGCUGAAGAAUACAUUUUAGCCUUUUGAAUGUUCUCUUUAAGGAAUGGACACGCUUUGUAUAUUUAAGAUAAGUCUACUCUGAAGUGUUAUCAUUUGCACUAAAUAAUGCAAUUGGACAAUGUUCUGUAAAUUAAAAUCGUUACACUACAGAAAUGAGCUGACUUGCAUUU